AACUCUGCUGUAUAAAGAGAAUAGACUUGACAGCCUCAAUACAACAGGUUGGUCGUCCUGUCGCCAUUAUGCACGGCCUUUACAAGUUUCUGCUUUUUCAUGUUCUGGCAUUUCUCGGACAAAGCGAACUUGGGAGUGCAAUCAUAGAUGGGAAAAAAGCCCCAGAGAAGUCGAUGCUGUAUAUGGCCUCGGUGCAGGGCGAUCAUAGUCGGCAUGUAUGUGGAGGAUUCCUUGUCAGUGAUAACUUUGUGGUCACUGCUGCACACUGUCGUGUGGAAAUAGAAAAAGCCAUGGUUGUUCUUGGCAACCACGAUCUCAGCCGGGUUGAGAAAACAGUGAAAUACAUUGAAAAGAUCUUUAAACACCCAUCCUAUAAGAGUGACACACGAGAGAAUGACAUCAUGCUCCUCAAACUGGGUGGGAAGGAUAACUGGCACUUUAAAGGACAACCAAUUCAACUUCCUACUUCUGAAAUAAACAUCAACGAAAAGUGCAGUGUAGCAGGAUGGGGUUUCACUGAAAGCAAUAGGCAUACAGUUGAUGUGCUGAGGGUGGUGAAUGUGUCUAUCACCAACCAGGACGUCUGUAAGAAGGAAUGGUCUGGUCUUCCUGCCAAUGUUAUCUGUGGAGACAAAGGAUUAUGUAAUGGUGAUUUGGGUGGUCCCCUGGUGUGCGACGGGACUGCUGUUGGUGUCGCAUCUUUCUACAAAAAUAAAGCCUGUGAUGGUCCCAACGUCUACACGGAUAUCUCAAAGAGUCUUACCUGGAUCAAAAUGGUUCUGGGAAAAAAAUAUUGUUAAAUGUUCCACAAAGCUUUGCUUCAGCAUACUUUAAUUGUAUUUGGGAGGGGGAGUUGUGCAGGGUUUUUUAACUGCAAAGAGAUUUUUUUGGUGCCCCCCAAGGAGGUUUUAGCCAUCCCCAAAGGAAAGUCAACAGAAACUAAAUGGUAAAAACUGGGAAUAAAAAUAGCAAUUCAAAUCCUCUCUAAAUGUGUUUAAGAGUAAUUUCAAAUGAAAUCAAACAACCUUUGAACAAGCAGAACAUAAACUUGAAUAUAAAUAUGAAUAUAUCCCGUGAUUUAUUUGAAUAUUGAUAUCAUUUUUUUUAAAACACUUUUGUUAAUUGGGUUUUCAUAUACUCAAGCAUAAUAUACAUUUUUGUUCAUCAAACUGUCAUAAAUAACAGGCAAAUAUAUAUAGAUUUCUGUCAAAUAAGGUAACAGAAUCAUUGCCUCUACUGUACAUAAACCGGUAAUGCUUACUGCUGUGUGUGUCUGAGUCACUCUGUCAGUGUUUGCUCUUUAACUGAAAGGCAAAAUAAAUAAAAUAAUUGUCUCAACAAA